AUGCUCCGCACAACCCUCACCAAGACGGCUGCCUUCCGUCCCAUGCGCGCCGCUUUCACCACCACUGCCCGCGCCAUGAGUGAAGGAGACACUGGUGCUCCCCCCAAGCUGGGCGGCGCUGGCGACGCUUUCCAGCGCCGCGAAAGAGCCUCAGAGGAGUACGCCAUCCGCCAGCGCGAGAAGGAAAAGCUCCUCGAGCUCCGGAAGAAGCUCACCGAGCAGCAAGAGCACCUCGACCGCCUUGCCAAGCACAUCGAUGAGAUCACCAAGGAACAGGGUGGCGAGCAAAACUAA